AGAGUAUAAGGGGGUGUAGGAAGAUUUGUCAUCAGUUCUUUCAGAGCCCAGCCUGCUUCCCUUUAAGUCGGUGACUGAAUUCUUGUGGAUUGCAGUGGGAUGCAGCAAAAUACAUACUGCUCAGUUUUUCAUUUAUGCUGUCUGGAUUAAAUGAGUUCCUAAAAUGCUCAGGCUUUUCCAUAGUAAAAUCCCUGGUGGUAAGUUCCGUGCAUCUUAUUGGGAAGUUAUUUAAAACAACUACUUUAUAUAUAAAUAGAUAAAAUUGCAUCUCCUUCCUUCUACUUAAUAAUGUGGUGUGUUUAUGUAGUAUUUCUAAAUGUGCAGUGCUUAGAAAAGCUUUGGAAUACUGAUACAGGAAAGAAGAGUAACUUGUGUUUGUGCUGUUUUCUACCACAGUUUUUAAGAGCUGUGCUUUAUUUUUAGUCCUUUCAUAAACUGAGGCAGACUUCACGUCAAAGCCAAGAACAGAUCCUUUACUCUAUGCUUGCAUAUUUCAUUAUGUUGCAUAAAUAAUGCAAGUAAAUCCGAAAGACACAAAAGCCACGUAGCCACAGGUUGGCAGAACAAAGGAGCAAACACAGAGAUUGGACUAUAGUGCUUGAAGGUGUAAAAGCAGGGUUAGGUUCAAUGUAGAGCACAAGUCCACACAAUUCUUAUGAAAAACUCAGUUAUUACCAAGGGGGAGGGGCUGAAUUUGCUUUCUGCUGUCAUUGCACAGAAAGGAAAGACAGCACCACACCAUUUUCCAAUUCCCAGCAUUGUAAGGGACACAGAAUAAUUGGGCAUGGGGGGAAGAGGAAGCUAGAGAAAUUUGAUUCUCGUUUGUCUUCGAUAAUUCAUCUUUUGGCUUUGCUCACUCCUAGUGGAAUAUUCUUCCCCCCUGCCCAGGAAAAACAGGGGUCAGGCCACACUUUUCCAUAGUGAAAAAGACAAAUCUUAGAUUUCUCUAAAAGAAAAGAGAAUCAGUCUUACAUCUAAAUAGGAAGAUACGUGCUUUGGUCGCAUUUUAGUUAAAGUAGUUUAACCAAAAGGUAGGAAAGGGUCACAAGUGGACAAGUUUUGUAGCAGGUGAGUUUGUGCAUGCUCCUGCCUCUUCAUCUUUCUUGCAUUGAACAAAUUGUAUAGCCUGGCUCACGGGAUUGCCCAAACCCAAGGUCUUUUCCUCUGUGCUUCCCACUGUUUGUGAUACUUGGUGUCUGCAUGGUAUUUUAUUGUACAAACUCAGCCAGGCCUUGCUCAGCUCGGUCAAAAGUGCACUUUCCAUAGUUUUGAUAAAGCUAAAUAUCCGUAUUUUUGUGAAUAACCGGCUUCAUUCUGUUUGGGAUGUAGAAUGUAGCUUUGUUACACCGUAAUUCUCUAUUUGAUUUAAUUGAAAGUAUUUUUCUCAAAUUGGCACUGAGUUACAGUUUUGACAAGGAAAGAUACCAAACAAUGUCUUUUUUAUCACUUUUUAAUAUCAUGUAUCAUGUAUGCCUGAGUGCUUAAUUUGUACUAUUUACACAUAGGGAAGACAAGAGUCACUAGUUCUUAAGUUACCUACUAGCUUUAAAUAUUGAUGAAGGAAAAGAACAGCUUCCACUGCCCUGCAAAUCUGUGUCUCUUCCUUCUGUUGCCAUCAGAUGCACAGCUUUCUUGAGCACGGUAAAAGGGAGGAUGCAUUUAAGGAUGCUUUAAAAAGAGAGACUCGGCUGGUUUUCAUACUAUGUCUUGGUUAUCUCCUGGCGUUUCUGAUGAGCUAGGUAAGUCUCGCAGCCUGUACGGUUACAGGUCACUUCACAGAGCCAAGUACCGGCAUUUUAUGGCCUUUUAAUGAGCCGUUAAACUGGAGAAGAGGUAAUUAAAUAUGGAACUCGGUACAAUGUACACAGCACUGACUCCAGCUCUCUGAUUCUAGGUGCCUCAGAAGACGAUGAGGUCAUUCAAGAAGGUCUCCUCAGGCUCAGCAGGGGCGAGUAAAGGCGGCGAGGAGCCCGUGCGGCUGCCGGAGCACGAGGAGGAGGAGGAAUCCCCGCUUUGGCACGGAGCCGGCCACUGCAAAUGGUUCAAUGUGAGGAUGGGAUUCGGGUUCAUCUCCAUGAGCAGCCGAGAGGGAAGCCCCUUGGAGUCCCCGGUUGAUGUCUUUGUGCACCAAAGCAAGCUUUACAUGGAAGGAUUUAGAAGCCUAAAAGAAGGAGAACCAGUGGAAUUUACUUAUAAGAAAUCUUCCAAAGGCCUUGAAUCAAUACGGGUAACAGGCCCUGGUGGGAGCCCCUGUUUAGGAAGUGAACGACGACCCAAAGGGAAGACAGUACAAAAAAGAAAACCAAAGGGAGAUAGAUGCUACAACUGUGGUGGCCUCGAUCACCAUGCUAAAGAAUGUAGUCUACCUCCACAGCCAAAGAAGUGCCAUUACUGUCAGAGCAUCAUGCACAUGGUGGCUAACUGCCCCCAUAAAACUGUUUCACAACAGCCCACUAGUUCUCAGGGAAGACAUGAAGCUGAACCCCAGCCUUCCACUUCUGCUUUCCUGAGAGAAGGGGGAGGAACGUAUGGCUAUUCAUCUCCAUCGUAUUCUCAGGAGGGAAGGUCAGAGAUCUCAGAGCGUUCAGGCAGGUCACCACAAGAAGCUUCUUCAAGUAAGUUAUCUGCAUCACCCGAAGAACCAAGCAGAAAGGGGCCUUCUGUUCAGAAAAGGAAAAAAACUUAAAGCAUUUUCCAUAACUUUCCAUUUUCUUUAUCCUCUUGGGAUGUCUACCUCAUGCAAGUACAGGGGAAAUAAUUUCAUUAUCAGUAGCUGAUGUGGAAUUUUAACUACUGUUGAGGAACUGUGAUUUUUUUUUUCUUUAAUAGACAAAUCACUCCAAGCAAAAUCCAUUUGAGCAGGGUGCAUUGCAUUUUACCUUCUGUAUGUGUGUGUGAGUGUGCACGUGCGUGUAUGUAUACGUAUCUAUAUUUUUUUUUCAUCAGGACACUCUCCAGCUCCCACAAUAUGUUACUGUGAAGCAAUAGACACAGUACCCAUAAAUGUUCUUGAACUCAUUCCCAGAGUCUGUUUUCAAACAUGUCCAAAAAGCAAAUAAGAAAACCCAAGAAAACUCGCAAAAUGAAACAAACCAAAUCUGAAAAACCACACUCAGAACUAAGAUAAAGACUGUUACUUUUUUGUGAACCAAAGGAUAUGUUCAUAUUCUAAAGCUGCCGUAUGGUACUAAAGAUACUAAGACAUCCCCCAACCACCAAUUUGAGUUACUUUCUUUGUCAUCUCCACAAAACAUGACUUUCACCCUUCCCACCCCUCCACUCCCUUGCCUCAGAAGGGCAGUGUCACAACUAAACAUGGCUCUCGUUGCCACCAUCCUUUGAUGGUAAGGAGUUUAAAGCUCCAGAAAAGAGAAUGAAUGUGUAGUUUCUGUGCUGGUUUCUCAAAAUGUUUUGUUAAAGUAAUAUGAGUGUAACUGUAAUUUAGAUGAUUGUUGUGUAGGGGAGACUGUGUAAGUUGUUAAAGAACAAACCUCUUUGAGCGGUGUCGGGAUACCGUUCUGUUGAACCUUUUGUAUUCUGUGAACAUUUAGGAGACCUUGGUGGCAGUAGUAGCAGCAGCAGCAGCAGCAACUUCUCUUGGUCCCAAGGAGUGCCCUGCAAUUUGAAGGGGACUUCUCCCUUAUUUACUGUUGGGAGAAUUGUGUAGGGAUUUUUGUUGUUGUUGUCUGUUUUGUUUCUAAAGAAAACGAAAUGCAAAACUAAUAAGAUCCUGAGAUAAAUAGUUUCUUAAGAUAAAAGGUAAUUGGGUACUCAUAGUUGCUCAGCCAGCCUCUCUUUCUGAUGAUACAGCAUGUGUACAUUAAAGAAGGACAGGUGUCUGCUGCAUGCAAGCCUUAGUGAAAAGGCACCUGCAAACUUGCCAGAAGCCGUGGACAUCACCUGCUUCUUGUGAAUGGGAGACUGCUGCUGACCAGCCAUGGUCUGGUGUGUGCUGGGACCACACACUUCUGCAUUACAGAGGAGGAAGAUUGGUGGUCUCAGAGUGAGACUCCCUGGGCUGCAGCCCUUGCUGGGGGUUAAUAGAGUUGGAGCCUGUCAAAACUUCAAGUCACUUUCCAUUUGUAACUUGUACAUUACCAAGUCAUACGUACGAUAACAUACUUUGACAAAUCCCAUUGCAGAUGUAAGUUAAUUAGAGAAACGUAUGUAAUCCUUAGCAUUGGCAAUAAACACAGGCUGUUAAAGCUUGAAAGAGUCAGGGAGGUUUAAGCUAAGAUAAUCAAACUGAAGAAACAGCCCGCAUGGGAGGCUGCAGUGAGCCCAAGUCCCAGAUGUGGUAACUCGUGCAGCCGAUGGUUAUGGCAGGCUCGCUGUGUGGCCGCUCCCUUCCCAACUGUCCUGCCGGUUGAGACUUGUACUGUUGCUGCUGCUGCUGCUUCAGUAAACAGGCAGUAAGAAGAAGCCUCAGCAAAGGGCACAAUUUCCAGACAAUUAUUUUGUGUGAAUUCCUUGCCAGUGUUUGCGAGAAUCUCAAUGGUUUGUACUGAAGUUCUCAGUGUGCUAAUGCAAAGCUUACCUUUGACGAUAUUGAAUGUGAUAUAUCUAUAGAGAACUUCCUUGCCUUAUGUGAGGAUAGUAAACCUAUUUAAAUUAUGUAGACAAAUCAAAGUGGCAUUGCUUAACCUUCUAGCCGGUGUAAAAACCCAGGUUAAACAGCAAAGAUGCAAAACUUAGGUCACUUUGAAUGUUUAAACCAAAGUUCCUUAUAGAAAUAGGCAAUUGUGGAUUUGAGAACUGGUCAUUCCCUGUUUAUAUGUAAGAAGUUCAGAGCUGAGAAAAUAUUUUCAGUGGGCAGAUUUUUAUUGGUGCUGUUUGAAAUCACUGUGUGCACCAAAGUCAGACUGAACUGCAAAGAGCACAUACCAAACCCUAUCUUAUUGUUGAUAGCUUAAGGUUUUAUUUUUAUAUAUUAGAAUGUUAUCACUAUUACAUAACAUACUCAGGACAAAGAACUUUGCUCAGGGAAUAUACCAUGUAAUGUUGUUUUUACUUUACAGAAUAGUCUACCGACUUACUCAGAACAAACCAGAUAGACUUAGCCCUUUUUAUCUCUCUAUAAGUAUUAUGUACUGAUGUUAGUAACUACCUCUGAGUUGACAUAAACCUACAUUUCUGAUAAUCAGAUUUCAGCGUUUUGUAUUAUAAGUUCCUGUGAAAUGAAAAAGUGGCAUUCUGUACUGGUUGCUUAUGUGAGCAUAUGUGUCUACAUUCACAGGGUCUGAGCUUUCAGAGAAGCUGGGCAACCACAGCUCCCACUGACUUCGAGUUGGAGUUACGGUGCUUAGCUUUUCUAGCAAGGGAGGGGGUAGGGGGGAGGGGGAAAAAAAACACAAAAACAUCAAGCCCACUUUGUUUACAUAGGUGACAAUAAAAUUAUUAUUCUGUUUACAGCAAAAGGCUACCUCAUAUUUACUGCAUAAACACACCUUUGUGCUGCUCUGGCCUUAAAGGUGGCUGUUGAUCUAUGGUACAUACUUUUUAUCUGUACUGAAUAUGUAACUGAUGUUUCACCACUGCAUACUUUACGGCAAAUACUUGUUUAAGAUGAAGCAACCAUUUGAAAUGAUGAGAAGUUUCCAGACAUUUCUUUAGAAGUUUUUAUUUUUCUGUCUAAAGGAUGAUGGGCACUGUUCACAAAAAAUAAUAUAUCUCCCAAGCAGACAAAAGUAUACAUGCCUGAGUUAAACAUAGCAGUGCAAGCUAUGGCAGGUAACUACUUACUUAGCACUGGGCUGCUGUAGGAAAAAAUAAAAAAUGAAAAGAAUCUAAUUACGCUCCUUCAAUAGGCUGCUCCAAAUAAGCAAAAAACACUUCACGGGAAGAGGCACAGACUUGAAUUUGGGAUUCUUUCUUCAAAUCUAAGGAUGUAAUUAAUAUUCUACAGCAUUGGCUCAGCCUUGAUUUCCCCUAUUCACCAGCUGUCCUUGCCAGAAUGCCUCACAAUAAAACUCAUUUCAGUAGAAAGAGCUCAGAUACCAGCUCGGAGAGAUGCAUAUUUCUUCAGACAAUACUGGAGAUAAGGUUAAACCCGAAACGAAAUCUCUCCCUUCCAUCUCCUUCACUCCAAAAUACUCAGUUUGAUCUAACCGUAAGGGACAUUGUGAGAUACUUUAUAUUCUCCCCUGAGGAGAGUUAAUGGAAUCUAUUUACAAACUAAAGAAAUUAAGCAGUGAAGAACAUUUGGAGGAAGAGCCAAAUAACUUUUUGCUGUAGCUGCUGGUAAGUCUGGCAUUGCAGUACCACCUGCAGUAUUUUGCUUUUAGCUAGCUCUCAGGGAGUGCCAAAGAACAGAUCUGACUCCUACUUUUUCCCUUUGUAGGCCAUCUUUUUCAGCCCAGCUUUAUUCUGCACCAGUGUUAUCCUGGAGUUCCUGCUUAGUCAUACAUAGUUUUGUGAAUAGAGCCCCAUAAAAAGUGUUUAUAGAUCUUGUAACAUUCUUUGUAAGAAGAAUUAUAAAAGAACAUGGGAAAUCUCAUUGAGUCUUAAAUUUAAUUUAAUUAAUUUAUCUGUAAGAAAUGUUUAUCAUAAAAAUAUAUAUGUAUUCCCCUGUGCUAGAUAUAAAAGUAAUUGGGAAGAUGUGUACAUGUGCAGGUGCACUGAUUUUAAUUUUCUAGAAGUCUUAAUGAGAUUUGAGUAUUGUUUUAGAAACAAGCAGAGCCUCAUUAAAUGCAUCAAUCUGAUUUUGCUUAGUUUAUCAGCAGCCUCUUCUUUAGGAUACGUUGGUUGUGUGUGACCCCGUUACAACCGCCGACUAAUAGCAAGAGGUUGAUUUAUGAACACACCCUUCUUUCUAAUGCUAAAACAGAGCUGUAAAUUAACAGCUUUGGUAGUGUUUUUAUAAGAAUGUUGACAAGUACCAAGGUAUUUGCUACCACUGUAUUUGAACCAAAUGGAAGAGCAACCAGCUUUACAAAGGAUAAUGGUUUUGACUACCUCUUGGAUUACUAAGUUAAGCAACAACUGGCUGACAACCAUCACCAGACUGGCUUAAACUAGUAUGUGUUGCUUGUGGUAAUAAUAACAAUAACCAUACUAGAGACCAAAGUGAACACUGAUUUCUAUAUGUCUUUAAUACUGUGUCUUAUCUAGUGUUUUUAAAUUAUCUUCUGUAGUAUAGAUUACCUCAUUGUCCAUUUUGACUUGUAUGUUGUUUACAAGGUGAAAUAAAGGAAAAAAUCACUUGAAUUCUAUGUUUUAAGAAAAAGACAGUGAGUUGACAUUUUGAAGAUCAUUUCACCUGUUUACUGUCUUGAGGGACUAAAGCACUGAUUGCCUUUCUACAUAUCAUGUAUUUUAUAUUCUCAUUUCAUGCCUAAUGUCUUUUUUUUUUUCCUGUCAGUCAUGGAUAUUGUGAGGUUUAAAAGAAUUACUUGAUUGAAAAUAAAACAUAUAACGUUGACAUUUACACAAGGCCUUUGAGA